GCCAUAUUUGUGCGGGGCGUCCGUGUUUGUUUGUUUGUUUGUUUUGUCUGCUUGUUUGUUAGUUUUGGGGGGCGAUGGAGGGACUAGGUGUGGCAGGCAAAAUCUGUGGGGCAGGGCUACCUGUCAUCUCUGUGCACCGCACUGAGCCUAGCCCAAGGCAUCUGAGACAGUCCCUGUCAAUACAGUUGUGUCCUCCUGCCGCUUGAUUGACGUCCAAGGACACCGGUCACGCAGCCACCUUGACAGCUUCGGUGGCGUUCGGAGGCGGAGAGCGCGGGCCGCGCGGGGACUAACGUCGUGACCCCGUGACGGAAGCCCAGAGCCCGGCUUCUAACGGCCGAGCCGGAGGUCGCUCGCCCUGGCCCCGCCCCCGUGCCCACGCCCCGGCUCGCGCCUAGCGGCCCGGGACUGCCACCCUCCGAAGCUCCACCUCGUGAGUCCUGCUCCACCGGCCGCCCGCCCGGCCGGUGGGCGCGGGGCCGCCUCGACUGGCUAGUGGCAGUUACACGGCGACCUUGAACCUAGAGCCCGAGCCGGGAACCCGCUGACCCCAACUGCGGCGCAGACUUUGCCCAGCGCGAGGGGCGGAGCGGACCGAGUGUCCACCGACAGACCGGGACGAUGUUAGCCUUUGCUGCCAAGACUGUGAGUCUCCUGGACUUCCUCCACCUGACUCUCUCUGCUACCUCUCAUUCUCCAUGCCAUCCUACUCAGCUCGCUUGCUGCAACACUGCCCCACACCUUUACGAUCAUCCCAUAGUGAAUAGGAAGCCCAGAGGCUGAAACCUCACCCAGGGUAAAGCCCCUGGGCCUCCUCAAGCCUUCCUCCCUGAUGAGGGUUUCUGGUCGCUUCAAGGCCCACCAAGAUGCAUUGCCAAGGCUGCCUGUGCCCCCACUCCAGCAGUCCCUAGACCAUUACCUUAAGGCCCUGCAGCCCAUCGUGAGUGAGGAAGAGUGGGCCCACACCAAGCAACUGGUGGACGAGUUUCAAGCCUCAGGGGGUGUAGGGGAGCGCCUGCAGAAGGGACUGGAGCGCAGGGCCAAGAAAAUGGAGAACUGGCUGUCUGAGUGGUGGCUCAAGACAGCCUAUCUCCAGUUCCGGCAGCCUGUGGUCAUCUGCUCCAGCCCAGGAGUGAUGCUGCCCAAGCAGGACUUCGUGGAUCUGCAGGGUCAGCUCCGGUUUGCUGCUAAACUCAUCGAGGGUGUGUUGGAUUUCAAGUCCAUGAUUGACAAUGAGGCCCUGCCAGUCGAGUUCCUUGGGGGAAACCCGCUGUGCAUGAACCAGUACUAUCAGAUCCUGUCUUCUUGCCGUGUGCCGGGCCUCAAGCAAGACUCAGUGGUGAACUUCUUAAAGACAAAGAAGCCUCCCAUGCACAUAACUGUGGUGCACAACUACCAGUUCUUCGAGCUGGAUGUGUACCACAGCGACGGGACACCCCUGACCUCGGAUCAGAUCUUUGUGCAGCUGGAGAAAAUCUGGAACUCCUCACUACAAACCAACAAAGAGCCUGUUGGCAUCCUAACCUCCAACCACCGCAACUCCUGGGCCAAGGCCUACAAUACCCUCAUCAAAGACAAAGUGAACCGGGAGUCGGUGAGCUCCAUUCAGAAGAGCAUCUUCACCGUGUGCUUGGACAAGCCAGUGCCCAGAGUCUCGGACGAUGUCUACCGCAACCAUGUAGCAGGCCAGAUGCUGCAUGGGGGUGGCAGCAAGCUCAACAGUGGCAACCGCUGGUUCGACAAGACACCACAGUUCAUUGUGGCAGAAGAUGGCUCCUGUGGACUGGUUUAUGAGCAUGCGGCUGCAGAAGGGCCCCCCAUUGUUGCUCUUGUGGACCAUGUCAUUGAGUACACAAAAAAACCUGAGCUUGUGCGGUCUCCUAUGGUGCCCCUACCCAUGCCCAAGAAGCUGCGCUUCAACAUCACACCCGAGAUCAAGAAUGACAUUGAGAAAGCCAAACAGAACAUCAGCAUCAUGAUCCAGGACCUGGACAUCAUGAUGCUGGUAUUCCAUCACUUUGGAAAGGACUUCCCCAAGUCAGAGAAGCUAAGCCCUGAUGCCUUCAUCCAGAUAGCCCUGCAGCUGGCAUACUACAGGAUCUACGGGCAGGCUUGCGCUACAUAUGAAAGUGCCUCUCUGCGGAUGUUUCACCUGGGCCGCACUGACACCAUCCGCUCAGCCUCCACAGACUCCCUGGCCUUUGUCAAAGGCAUGGAUGACUCCAAUGUGCCGGAGCACCAGAAGGUGGAGCUGCUCCGGAAGGCUGUGCAGGCCCACCGAGCCUACACUGACCGCGCCAUCCGAGGGGAGGGCUUUGACCGGCACCUGCUGGGUCUGAAGCUGCAAGCCAUUGAGGACCUGGUGAGCAUGCCUGACAUCUUCAUGGACACCUCCUACGCCAUUGCUAUGCACUUCAACCUCUCUACCAGCCAGGUCCCUGCCAAGACAGACUGUGUCAUGUUCUUCGGACCCGUGGUCCCAGAUGGUUAUGGCAUCUGCUACAACCCCAUGGAGGCCCACAUCAACUUUUCCGUAUCAGCCUACAACAGCUGUGCUGAGACAAACGCCGCCCGCAUGGCCCACUACUUGGAGAAAGCUUUGCUGGACAUGCGCACCCUACUGCAGAACCACCCCAGGGCCAAGCUCUAAGCCCAGGCCCAGGCCUGCCAGUGCCACAGCCAAGCCCAGUUUGGGGUGGACCCCUGCCAUGGCUCACUUCCUUGGUUUCUGUGCCCUCCAAUUUGACUGAGCCACGGAAGCGUUGUCUAGCAGGACCCCCCUAAGCCAAGUGCCUUCCAGGCCCUGCCUUCAGCACCUGCCAUAGUCCAAGUACAGGGCAAGAGUUCAGAGGCUGAACAAGACCAAGGCCCAGAUCCCCCAACAUGAUCCACUGUCAUGAGCCCUGGGACAGAAACCAGCCCAAUCCAGUCCACCCCAUAGCAAGGGCUGGGAGAAAUUCCUUUCCUCAACCCUGGCCAAUCUCUAGCAUCUCCAUAGCCAAGCCAAAAUCUUGUCUUCAUCAAAGCCCAAGGACCAGGAGUCAAAGUAUUAUCCAGCGCUGAAAGACAAAGUCUUUGUGGCCAAAGGGACACCCGAGGCCUAGCCUCCACCACCCCACCACAAGGUGCCAUCUCCUUGCUGCCACACUUUCUGGCAACUCUUGAGCCCCAGCCUUCUGGUUUCCAUUCAGCUUGAUUCUUGAACUACAUUCAUGGUUGCAGUGAUUAUGCCAGGGGAUCAAUAAAGGGAAGAAGUGCUGGUGAA